UGAUCCGCUCAUCUCUAUUGUCUACAGCCGUUUGAAGAAAUACACAGCGUAAACACAGCGAUUCCAUUUAAAAAUGACAUCAAUUGCCGGCGGACAUGGGGAAACAAAUCCCAAUAGCUCUUGGUUGAGUGCCCGCGGCUUCUGGCUUGCUUAUUUUCUUGGACUGCUAUUUGUUCACUUGCUGCUGUUAUCAGUUCCCUUUGUGACGAUACCUGUUGCCUGGACUGUAACAAAUUUGCUGCAUAACGCAGUACAUCUGUACUUUCUGCACAUCAUUAAAGGUGCUCCCUGGCUGAGCAUCGAGAAUGACGCAAGCCGGCAAUGGACCCACUGGGAGCAAAUAGAUGACGGCGUUCAAAUGACGCCAACUCGCAAGUUUUUAACCGCUGUUCCAAUCGUACUCUUCCUCUUAACUUGUCUAUACACACGCAAUAGCACGGAACAUUUCAUUGCCAAUUUUAUAUCGCUGGUUGUGGUCACAUUGCCAAAGCUGCCCCAAUUCCACGGCGUUCGAUUGUUUAACAUAAAUAAGUACUAACCAGUUAAUGUGCUUGCGGAUUGGACAGAGCGGCUUAUCAUUGAAUGAGCCUAUUGUAUAUACUAUUUAUAUGUAGAUAAUAGACUGAGCAGAUUACUGGCUUUUUAAUUGUUCUUUGAAUCGUGUAAAUAUACUUCUGUAUACGGCGCCGUUGUUGGCAUAUAUAAUAUA